CGUUGAGCGGCAAUUUGAUGUGACAUUGAAGCCGGUUUUUCUUAUGCAGAAAGUGAAAGUGGUCCAGUAAACUACAUAGUAAUUAUUACAGGUGCAGUAGAACUACCUGUAGUUUCUCUUAUUGUUAGAAAAGCACAUUAUCUAUUCGGAAAAAUAUGGGGCGCCGUGUUAUCGUUGCCUUCUUUUUUUGCGUUGCGGUUAUUCAGGGAGAAUUCCUGGAGAAGCCGUUAUUUGAAACCCUCAACGAUGGCCAAGCAGAGCCAGGUUUCGUCGAUUGCGCCGGCCUCGUCGACCAGACCCCGCCCUCCGCGGUCUGGCAGCCGGCCUGCGAUUGGUCCACCAAUCGGCUCCUCCCCCUGCAGUCCACCAAGGACGGCCGGCAUUUUUGCGUGGACACCAUGAACGGCGAGACGGUCUUUGGACCUAUCAGCGCCCGCCUCUCCUGCCGGUGUCCGCUGCGCGCCCACACCGCCCGCCUCUUGGACGCUAAGCCGGCGUACAUUCCGCAGUGUAGCUGGAAGACCGGGGAGUACCUGCCCAAACAGUGUUCACGCAGCGGAAAAUGCUGGUGUGUGGAUGAAGAAGGCAAUGCGUUGGGUCGGUUCUGGCAGACGCGCGGCGCCACCUAUGCGGUCGACAGCAAGAGGGCGGGGCCCGGUGUCAGCUGUGCGACGUUGCGCAAGCAGGCCGCAGCGUCUGCACUGUAAUGCACAACAGCGGCGGUUAAUUACGGUGUCGGGAUGAAACGAAAAUUUUGUUGAUUAUUUGUACAGUAUUAAACAUGCAUCAAUGUAUUUCUUCUACAAGACGACGACGAAUUGGAAAAACCAUGGAAAUAUGUACUUCUAUUUACCGAAUUAAUAUCGGACUAAAUGAAAGCGCCGAAUGCUGUUUUUACAGUAAAUGUUUCCAUACGCGGUGAACGAACAAAACGUUGUUACGUCCUAACCGUAACUCCG